AUGAAAAUUAAAAUUAAUAAUACCACUACAACAACUCCUACAUCUGCAAUUAAUGUUAUUACCAGUACCCCUGCUACGACUAGUGAAAAACAAUUAGACAAGUGCCCAGUAAACAUGACCAUCAUUGAGGAUAACGGAGAAUAUAUUUGUGAAUGCGUAUCAGGAUAUCUUUAUUACCCGCCUUUGGACGGUUGCUUCCAACCCUACACCCGAGGUCCUUGUACAUCAGGAAAUUAUUUAGCUAUCAGUCCUGGUACGUUUACAGCCGAGUGCUUGGAAAAUCCCUGCGAAGAAGGCUCUGUUAUGUACCAAAAUAAAUGUCACAAGCUUUUGAAAUCCGGCCCACCAUGUAAUGGAGGUGAAACCCUGAUUGUCAAUGAAGAAAACUAUGAGAUAAACUGUCAAGAAGUCAUUCCAGUCGUCUAUCAAGUGAUAAUGGCUCCAGUAAGACGUUGUGCGCCUGGUUCACGUAUGGCCGCUCAUGGAAUAUGCCGACAACUUUUAUAA